CAAUGCAAGAACAUAGACAAAAAUAUAGAUUUUCUUCGGAUAUGGCCGCUGUAUCGGCAAUACAACAUCUGCAAUGUUUUGUAAAUUCAUUUUUAUAAAAUGAAUAAGGUGUUUUUUAUUUAUGUAUAGUGAUUAACGGACCGUGUACAGUGCUGUGAUAUUUGUAAUGGAUGCAGAGAACGAGUACGAAAUUAAGAGAGUUCGUGAUGCAAUUCAAACGAUAGAGACUAUCCAGUCCAUGAUCGACGUUUCAGCUGAUAGACUCGAGGGUUUACGGACGCAAUGCUCGACGAGCGCCGAGCUGACACAGCAGGAGAUCCGGACCCUGGAGGGCAAGCUGGUGAAGCACUUCUCCCGUCAACUGGUGAUCAAGGCCAGCUUCGGUGAGGAGCUGCGGCGAGAGCUCGGCGACGUGCCGUGCCUCGCGCAAUGGCUCAGGGUAGUUGGACUUACCCCUGACUCUAUAGAGGCGGUAUGUUCCCGCGUGGCGACGUUGGAGUCACUGCAGGAGCGCUCCGACCACGAGAUGCGCGCGUUACUGGCGGGCGCGCGCGACGAGGAGGUACUGCGGCUGUGUCGCGCCAUGCAGCGGCUGCGGACUUAUAUAGAGGCGCUGGGUCGCGGCGAGGCGGGCGCGGAGCUGCAGCUGUUCUGGGACUCGUGGGAGCGCGGGGUGCGCGCCUCGCCGCGCGCGCCCCGCGCCAGGCACAACCACGACCACCCGCACAACAAGAAAGGUGGAAAAUCUCCCCCCACGCCCGUAGCUAAAAGAAAAUCAAACACGACCCUCCCUCCUCCCGCAGCACUGACGAAGUCACGGUCGCAUGAAUCCCAGCUGUCUGUCAGACCAGACGCAUCAGAUCUCAGCGACAACAGCCAGUCGUCAGCGCUGGGCGCGGCGGAGGCGGGCGGCGAGGGCGGCGCGGGCUCCGUCCCCGGCUCCCCGCGACACGAGCCCGCGCCCGAGCCCGAGCCCGACCUCACGCCGCAACACCGCCCGCCGCACAACUACAACCACCAUGGGGCGGCGGCCGCGCCGCGCUCGCCGCGCACGCCCACCGUGUCGCGCUGCAUGGCGCACGACAUCGCGCACCGCUUCACCAAGACCUUCAACAUGAUCGCCACCUGCGACUACUGCGACAAGCAGAUGCUCUUCGGCUCCGGCCUCAAGUGCAAGGAGUGCAAGUUCAAGUGCCACAGAGACUGCGAAAGUAAAGUACCUCCUUCGUGCGGCCUACCGCCUGAAUUUGUUGACGCUUUCAAAGAAAAGUUUCACAAAGAUGGCGGCUACUACGCGUACGUGUCCCCGCUGCCGGGUCGCGGCGCGGGCUUCCUGUCGUCGCUGACGCACCGCCGCCGACAUCACGCGCCGCCCGCCGCGCAUCACUCGCCGUACCUGGAGCGCGGCGCGGGCGCGGGCGGGCCGGACUCGUCGUCCAACACGUCGUCGUGCAACAGCUCGACGCCGUCCUCCCCCGCGCUGGCGCCGCCACUCACGCCCCACCACCACCUGCACCACCCGCCCACCACCAAGCAGCAGUUCCACUUCCCAGUAGAACUAAAGCCAGUGGUGUCUAGUCCUAACCACGUGACGAUACAGUCGCCGGCGAGACAGCACGACAAUAAGGAAGACCUCACCGCCAGCGUAAAAAGUGGCGACAGUUCCCGCUGCGUGUCGCUGUCGGGCUCGGGCAGUACGGACAGCGGCGGCUGCGGGCGCGGGGACUCGCUCGACCUGCACAACAAGCACCCCGACGAGCGCUGGCCGAGGCAGAAUAGCUUAUCGAUGAAGGAGUGGGACAUCCCGUACGACGAGCUGAAGCUGUUCGAGGUGAUAGGCACGGGGCGCUUCGGCACGGUGUUCCGCGGCAGCUGGCACGGCGCCGUCGCCGUCAAGGUGCUGCACGUGCUCAGCGACGACUGCGUGCCGCUCGACACCUUCAAGCAUGAGGUGGCGACAUUCCGUAAGACCCGUCACGAGAACCUAGUUCUGUUCAUGGGCGCGUGCAUGAAGCCGCCGCGACUCGCCAUCGUCACCUCGCUGUGUAAGGGAAUGACGCUCUACACGCACAUCCAUCUCAGGAAAGACAAGUUCACCGCCAACAAAAGUGUUAUUGUCGCGCAACAGAUAUCACAGGGUAUGGGCUACCUGCACGCGCGCGGCAUCAUCCACAAAGACCUGAAAACAAAGAACAUAUUCCUUGAGAACGGCAAGGUGGUCAUCACGGACUUCGGCCUCUUUAGUGUCACUAAACUCUGUUUUGGGAACAAGUUGGUGCAAAGCGUCCGCGGCGACAGCCUGGGCAUCCCGGCGGGCUGGCUGUGCUACCUGGCGCCCGAGCUGUGUCGCGCGCUCACGCCGCACGCCUCGCUGCACCUGCCCUUCUCCAAGGCCACCGACGUCUAUGCCUUCGGGACGGUAUGGUACGAGCUCCUCUGCGGCGAGUAUCCCUUCAAGAGUCAACCCCCAGAAGCCGUCAUCUGGCAGGUCGGCAAGGGCGUCAAACAGUCGCUAGCGAAUAUGCAGGCAUCUAGAGAUAUCAAGGACAUCCUGAUGCUGUGCUGGUCGUACCGCAGCGCGGAGCGGCCGGACUUCCCGCACCUGCUGAGCACGCUGCAGAAGCUGCCCCGCAAGCGGCUGGCGCGCUCGCCCAGCCACCCCGUGCACCUGUCGCGCUCCGCAGACUCCGUGUUCUGAGCCCGCCCCGCGCCAGCGCUCUGCGUCAGGCCCUAACGCCGCAGCCACACCACACUAUAUACAAGCGGCUGGCGGGAGAAUCGUAUUAUUUCCCUAUCCUUACAUAAAUUCCAUAGUGAAACGUUUCUUUUAACCCAUCAAAACGCGUUAAACGUUUACUGCGGCAGAUUGGGUGUGGAAAACGCCAGUCUUCGAAUACCGUGCCUAUAGUUUUCGGGCUGCGGUAAAUAUUGAGUGAUAGAAAUGUCACGUGCAAAGUCAUGACUAAGAUAUAUGAUUAAUCACUGACAUCAGCACACAAGGGUCGCGAAGUAGCAAGCGGGGUGCAAAUCAGAAUUGAAGUUAAAAAAAAACAGUAAAUGUCUUGCUCUUCAAAAUGUACUAUAUAGUUUUAAAAUCUGUCUUGUGAGUGGAGCAUUCGUAGUAACUUUUUAAAAUUUUAUUUUUAAACAUCCGAUCAUAUAAAGUUUUGAAGUAUCAAUAAGUUCGUCGUAUUAAGGUAGAGACAAACGGUUCUUUUUUACGCAACGUAUGCAACGCAUGCCGUGUCUAAUAUAUAGCAAAUAAGCGUGGUGAAACUUAAGACAAUCGAAAGGUUAUUUAACAAAACCAAGAGUCCACACGUGUAUUGCAUACAUUACGUAGGUGGAGUCACAUCAUCUCUACCUUACUCUCGUGGCCUACCACAGCGACACUCACAAGUCCAACCGACUCCGGCGUAAAACGUAGAUGUUAACUAUUUAUAUCAUCUUUAUAUUUUGAAUUGUUACAAUUAUUUCUCUUCGACAAACCGGGAGGACAGUUUUGGUAUAACUUAUUCUUAAGUAUUCGGAUGCUUAUGAUUGUAUUUGUAUAUUUUAAUUAAGUUAUUUAUUUAUUGAAUCGAUGAUGUAAACGAAAAAUGACGCGUAAUAAUAAUUUAUUAAGUGAAUAGUAUUAAUUAAUUGUUAACGAAUUAGUUUAGCGCUUACAUAGCGGUCGGUGACGCAUUCACAGUUAUCAAUGAAUUGAAUUUAGAUUGUGAAAGCGCACCAUCUCACCGCUGAGUCGCUGCGAGUUGCCCAAAUUAUUGUAACGUAAAAAGACAACUACCUUAAUUGUUCUCCCAGUUUGCACACGACAUAUAACAAGAAACUAUUUGUUAUAUACUGUAUAACAUAACAAACGGGUAACUUUGAUACUUAGUGUAACAUUUAUAAAUUAAAUGUAAAUUAUGUUAAUAAAACGUCUAUUGUAAGUAAACAAUCUUGAUCUCUAAUUAAUCGAUAGAAUAAAUUAUAUUUUCGUAAUUAAAAUAAUAAUUAAUUAAAGUAAAAAAAAAUGAAAAAAUGUGUGAAAAUGACUGCUUUGUUGAUAGAAUGUAAAUAUUUGUACAGUGUUACGAUUUUGCUGUGAUUCAGGAUUGUCCAAGUCAAGUAUCAAAAACGUUUUGAGCACAUUUCUGAAAGAAGUUAUCGAAAAUAUGUAAAAUGUUUGAAAAAAAAGUACGUAAGAGAAAGCUAAGCGUAAGAGUAUCAUUUUUACAUUCUAUAAUAUGAAUAAAACACUUUCAAAAUUCUACUGUCCAGAGUUUAUAGGAAAACUAUAAUAAUAAUUAGACCAGACCUUACUUUGAAAUGUGCUUAAAAUGGCAAUGGACAGUCGAAGUUAGUGCACUUAUCUUUGGUUCACACGAUUCAGUAAUGACACUUCAAAACGUAAAAGUAUGUCAAGGUAUUUAUUGAUCCAUGCCAUCACUGUAAAUAUACUUCCAAAGUAAUUGUAAAAAUGAUUGUUUUAAAAAAUGAAUGUAGAUUAUCAUAUUUGUGAAAAUUGAACAAACUGUUUUAUAUUGACUUCUUAAACAUUGAAAUAAUAUUAUGUUUAAAGAUGUUAUAAUGUGAAUAUAUUUUAUGAUGAUUUACCAUUUAUUAUGGAACAAAAGUGUACUUAUAUCGCAGCAGGUGUAGACAUAUUAAGUUAUCACUCACAUAAAUAGACUUCCAUGGUAGCAAUAAAACCUAUUAUUUAAGGGACCAUACAAACUCUAUUUUAAAUAUUGUAGUAGUGUGUAGAGCCGACAAUCAAGGUAUAUAAUUUCAGAAUGUUUAUUUAAUCAAUUUAGUAGAAUUUUAUAUGUAACAUGGCAUCACACUAUUUGAAAUGGCAAAUGUAAAUUAGCUGCGCUUACUGUCUUACAAAUCUGAGUUCUUCCACCUAUGAUCAUUCAAAUAUAAACCUUAUCGCGAUUUGAUAAGUUUUUAUUUAUAACUAACAUGUUGUAUUAUAUUGAGUGCUAGCUAGAAAUAAAUUGUUGUUUUAUAACAAAGCUAAAGAUCAGUGCAUUAAAACAUUCAGUCUUUAUUCUAGGCUAAGAGUUGACAUGUUUCAUACCUACAUUAUUUUUACAGGUAAUUAAAUCUUCUACGAUAGUCCCCGACACACGAAUUUAUUUGAUAUUAAAAUAUUAUAGCGACAGUUUAUUUAAUGUAAAUCAAGAUUUUAGAAAUAGCUAUUGAGAUUGUUGAAGUUAUUUAUUACUUUCAUUAAUAAUUGUAACAUGUGUUCUUUGAUACAAUCCCUUUGGGAGAAUAGUUUUUGUUAAAUUUAUGUAAAGUUCACGCAAAUUAUUUCGGUUGCUGUUCGCUUAUAACAUCUAUAACUAAAUAAGAAAAGCUAAUCAGAAUCAGAAUUGUAUAAAUCGUUAAAAAGCCUUGGGUAGUUUUGUUCUCUUUCAAAUUACAAACAAAAAAAUAUUAACUUGAAUAGUCUCAAUACCUUGAAAAAAAAAAUACAAAAUUGUUGUGUAAAUAAAAAAUAUAACAUUCCUUUUCGUAGGUUGUUGAGAUUUAAAACUUGAUAGUUACUAAUCAAGCUGUAGGUACCUACAUCAGUUUGUAUCUUUUUAAAAGUUACCACUUUCUUGUAAUGUUGCUAAGAGGCUUAACAUUAGACUAGGCUGAUUCAAUAUCAUGUUGAUGAUUGUAAUGGGUUUGGAUUUGUCUGUUAUUUCUCUUAGAAAGCAGUUUUAUUUUAUAAGACCUUUCUUUAUUUCUUUUCUUUUCCUGUGUUCAAGUUUUCUUUAUUAUUCUUGUCAAAAUUGUUUGCUGUUCAUUACAUACUUGUCCAUUACUAUCUUACUUCCUUUAAAGUCAUGGAAUACGCUACUGAUAGCUAUUUCUAAACCCAUUACCAAUAAGUCAACAAGGAAAAAAUUAUCAUUUAAAAUGAAAAAAGGAAAAAUAACAGCUCAUUAUUUUAUUGUUUACUAAAUUAUUGUUGUAAAGGAAAAUUGUUCUGGUCAGUCGACUCCUAUUAUGUUAGCUGUAAUAUACGGUGAUGACGUCUCGCAACUUGUACAUAAGAAAAACGCGGGACGUCCGCUAUUUGUAAUAUCUAUUUAUUAGAAAUGAACAAUGGUUGGAAUGCAGAUGGAUGUAGUUUUACAUUAUGUAUUGAGAUUUGAAAUGAUUAGGUUAGUUGCAUUUGCCAAAAUAAAUUUCCCAAUCACUGUU